AUGACAAGCCAUCGGAAGGGCUUAAGGUCUGAUGUUUGGUGUAAACCUCCGGCGGUAGAGAUUACCGCUAUCUUUGAAGUCGUGAACCCUACCAUGUUGGCCAAGUACAAAACAGCCAGACGGGAAGUUCGGGAGCGAAGCUGGGAUGGCUGCACACCCGUGCAAAACAUCACAGCGAUGAAAUGCGAUGUUGAAGACGGACACAUUGAGUUGAACGAGUACUUGCUCUUCCAUGGCUGCUCGUCGGAAGCUGCCACGAAAAUCAAAGAGCAAGGUUUCGACGCACAAAGAGGGGCAGAGGGAGGUGCGAUGUUCGGCCAAGGCACUUACUUUGCGCAAAAUGCUUCUAAAUCUGAUUUCUACGCGUUUCCAGAUUAUUUUACUUCAGAACGGUGUGUGCUGGUAGCACGCGUUCUGCUAGGAGAGAGUAAGGUUGUAACAACUGCAAGCCCGGCGUUUCACCAGGGAGAGUCCCGAAGUAGAGCACCAGAGCGUGAGAACGGCCAGCCAUACGACUCCCUGUCUGCACAGACUAGAGCGCAGGGGGGCUCUGUAGAUCACAUGGAGUUUGUGAUCUUCAAGGAUCAGAUGGCAUUGCUGCAGUACGUGAUUCACUACCGCCAUAAGCGCGGGUGUACGUGUCACACGUGCAGUACAUGA